AUGAAGAAGACGACAACGAUGAUCAGAAGGGGAGGUAGAGGCCUCGCGCGAACGAACCUCGGGCGAUCGCUCGAUCGGGCCGACGCCGCAAAGUCAGUCAAUCUGGACUUUGACGCCCGCGUCCCUAUCCCCUUCAGUGUCUUCCCGUCGUCGUACCGGAGUGACGCUGUCUCUGAAACUACUCACACGAGAGUAGAGGGAGAAGUUCAACUCGAUCGCACUUCGCGCGUCGAACGGGAAGAUACUCGAGUCGCUGCCCCUCUCCCCGACCCUCGUGUCUACGGAAAGGAAGAAGUCGAUUUCCGCAUCCAGCAGGAAGAUCGCACCGCGACUGCCCAGUACGCCCCGCGUGUUGACCGUCAGUACACCGCUGCCGAGGUUGACCUAACCCGUGAACGCUAUCCCAACUACCGCGAGUCGGCUGCCCGUUUCCAGGACCAGCCCCCUCAAGUCUACGAUCAGGUCGUCGAGAACCAGCUCGACGUCACCGAGAGAGAGUACCGUCGCCGGACCUCUCCUGCAUACGAAGUCGACGUCUCUUACGACCGUCGCUACACGCAGCCCGUAGACACCGCGUACGACUACCAGCCGGCUCAGUCCGUCGACGUUUCGUACGACCGUACCUACCAGCCCCAGCCCGCUUCUGCCUACCAGCAGGACUACUCCCGUCGCGAGGUCGAGCUCCAGCAGCCUUCUUCCUCCCGUUACGCCCCCUCCGACGUCAAGGUCUCUCAAACCAUUGUUCGUGACUCAGCUCCUGCCUCUCGCAAGAUGGGUUACUACGACGACGAGGGUCACUACCACUCCUUCCGCCGCGGUGUCGAGCGUGCUGCCGACCGCAUCCUCCACCCCCUCCACCACCAUGACCGUGAGGAGGUCGUCGUGAGCGACGAGCGUGGUCCCGCCCGCUUCAGCGACGGUGUCCGCGAGGAGGUCCGCAUCGUCGAGCCCCGCAACCGCGGUACCGCUGGCGAGAACGUCCCCAUUCCCUGCCACUUCAUCCGCAUUGGUGACAUCCUCAUCCUCCAGGGCCGUCCCUGCCAGGUCAUCCGCAUCUCGGUCUCCCCCCAGACCGGCCAGCACCGUUACCUCGGUGUCGACCUGUUCACCCGCCAGCUGCAGGAGGAGUCGAGCUUCGUCUCCAACCCCUCCCCCUCCGUUGUCGUCCAGACCAUGCUUGGUCCCGUCUACAAGACCUACCGCAUCCUGGACCUGCGCGAUGACGGCAAGCUGGUUGCCAUGACCGAGACUGGCGAUGUCAAGCAGGGUCUUCCCGUCAUCUCCCAGGGCCACCUUUUCAAGCGCAUCCGCGAUGCCUUCGCCGACGGCCGUGGCUCCGUCCGCGCCCUCGUCAUCAACGACGGUGGCCGUGAGCUCGUUGUCGACUUCAAGGUCAUCCACGGCUCCCGCCUGUAA